AUGACGGACACGACAACCGCGCCUCCUGUUGAGACUCCCGUCCCUCCCCCACCUCCACCAUCCAACAACGCGCCUCCCAAACGAAAGUCCGGAAAGCGCAGAGCGGAGGAGGGCCUCGUUGCGGACAAAUCUGGCGCGGGAUGGAAGCCCGUCGUGUGGCCUAUGGUUGCUGAGGCCGUCAACAAGGUUGGCGGACCUGGAGGUGCGAAGACGACGCAAUGUACGGCGUACUUUCUCGCAUCAGCUGUAACCGCCGUGUUAUUCUUGGCGCCAUCGAGCAUCAUCUUCCCAUGGCAUCACCUAUCAAGCACGACAGUCUACACUUUCUGCGAGACACAGGCAGACAUGAGCGGCGAUAUAACGGGAUCCCAGUGGGAGAGGACUCUUCUGCGUGCCUUGGAAGAACAGACGAGUAUAUUGAGGCGCUUCGAGGCUCGACAGGCCGGCGACACAGGCGAGCUCUGUCGCCCGUUCAUCGUGACGACGCCUAGCUUACGCGCCAUCAUCAUAGACCCGUCGUCCCAGCCCAUUCCGCAGGUGUCGGCUACGAGCAAUAGCACAUGGGGAGCGAUGCUACGUACAGCCAUCGGUGAUACGAUUCAACCGCAAGUGGAUCGAUGGCGCAGCGGGAUCGAUGCUCUGCUGGUAUUCAUCGGUUUGUUUUCUGCCGUUGUCACCACCUUUCUUGUGGGGUCUCUGCCCAGUCUUCAACAAAGCGAUACAGCACGGACGAACGAGCUAUUAGCCAAUCUCACCAACAUCAUCAUCCAGUUGAACUCCGGGACUCAAGCCUCCUCUCUGAUUUUCCCCAGUGCUACUCUCUUCACUCCCGACGAGGUCAACAUUAGAGUCAAUUCGUACUGGACCAUAUCACUAGUUCUGAGCUUGUCACUGGCUGCGCUGGCUGUGGCUUGCCGUGGUAUCCUCAAUCAAGUCACCCUCUCUCGUCGCAAGCAGACCACCGAAAAGCUCAUCGAGAUCCAGAACCGAUGGAAAGCCGCCGACAUUGUGCUGGGCCCGGCAGUUGACAUGCUACCCUUGUUUCUCGUGUUCCCAGUCGUUUUGUUCGUGCUGGGGUUAAUCGACACUGUCGUGGCGGCUGGCACUGCGCUACAUAUUGCGCCAAUCCCGCUAUUUGCUGCAGUCGCUAUCUCUCUAUCCUGUGUCACCGCAGUAUUGGCGUUCUUUGCCAAGACAAUAUUGCAUCCGGGCCUUCGACCUUCCGAGUGGCCUUUCCAGUCACAAUUGACCACAGCUUGGCAUAUGGUCUUUCCGCCUGAACAACCUGUCAUCGGCGAGGGAGAUCAUGCUGCUCAGGUUAUCAAGCAGGUCUACCACGAAACGGUGCAGACUAUCUAUGACGAUCAGGCGCUGGACAAGGCAGCGAGCUGUGUAUCGAGCCAUAUUGGACAUUACGAAGUCAAAACCGGUCUUUUGUUCCCGGGUCUUCAGGUGUGGGAGACAGAAGUGAAGACUCUUGCACAUUUGCUUCUCCCUGAGGCGAGCCUCCGAUGCAACUCGACAGCCGCUCAUGUCAUCAUCGAAAACUGGUCUCUUUUCGGCCAAUUUUCUGAGGAGCUGCCGUACUCCGAUUUUCCGCCACAAAUGACGCUUAUGGAGCCUCUGACAGAGGCGGCUCGUCGCUCGUUGCGGACGUUGCCGAAGAAGAACCUUUGGUUUUCGAUUUAUCUCAAGGCGAUAGCAGUCAUCUGCCGCAAUUAUCAUCCUCACCACCCCCCGGUCCCAUGUCUAAUCGGCGCGAAUCCGCGCAUCCGUAGUCCAGAGGUGGACUACCUGCUCCGUGGUGUUUUGUUCGAUCACCUACGUCAUGUGCAGCCGGAGAGUGCCUGGACUGCUGACGAGGUAAACCUCUUUGUGCCGGAUCAUAUCGACACGAGUAACGUUCUGCGCUUCAUCUUCUCUCUGCGUGAUCCUGAUGAAGUCGUCAUUUUGGCCUCGCUGCUGAUGAGGGCCAAGACACCAGGGCAAGUGCUCAGCAUUGCAGUCCAACCCGAGUUCUGUACGGACUCGACCGUAUAUUCCCACCUCGUCGCAAGCUGGGUUCUACAGGCGUUCCAGAGCUUACCGGAACCUCUGCGCAACCUACCGGCAGAAAGGAAGUCUACGUUGAAACAACUGUGCUUCUUCUGCAUUCGCACAACCAAGGAAAUGCAUUGGGCGGCACUCUAUACACACCAUCUUCGCGUUCUGGAGAGUGCAUUGUCUAGCCUUCCCGCCCAGUCCGGGAUCCUGGACAGAUUGAUGCAGGAAGCUGGCUUGGAGAAAACGACUUUUCCUCCGCGCAUCUCCGCCGCUCCCCCGCACAGAUCUGCUAUACGAUCAUCUUCAACCUUACCCCCGGAGGCGAUUCCCUUCCCCAGCCCCAUUCGACGCCUAAAAUCAUUCGUCGCCUCGCCUGCUGGGCAUAACGCGUUGUGGAUUCCUCCCCCCGCGAGCGAAUCGGACGAAAGCACAGCGGAUAACUUCCAAGACAUAUUGGGAAUGUACACAGUGCCCGAAUAGAUUCAAUGGACCCGAGCACAGCUCUCGUUGUUUUUCUGUAGCUACAUGUACUCUGCUGGAAUAUCUAAUGGGUUUCGAAGUGCAUUCUCCUUUGAGUCAUUCUACCUGGAGUACAAGUCUGCGGGGGAGAAGGAUCUUGCUCAAUAUAUAGGUUGUCU